AUGGUUGAAGAUCUGAACUACGUAGCCAACAAUAACUACAUGGACUCGUACAACCCAAGCUGGAGGAAUCAUCCAAAUCUCUCCUACAAGUCGAACAAUGUUGAGAAUCCCGCACCGAACAACUUCAGAAUAUCCAAUAAUCCAAACCAGAGGAUUCCACCCGGCUUUGCUUUUCAAUCCAAAGGCCCUAAUCAGAACUCCAACUACAGAACUCUAGGACAGUCGUACAAUAAUCCUACACCUCCGGGUAAUCGCGACCCUUCUCAAGAUACACAUGCUCUUAUUCAACAGCUCAUUCAGGCACAUGAGAAGCAGACUCAGGAAUUCCGCACUCAAUUCGCGAAUAUUGACGCCCACUUUAGGGUUGUGGACAAUCAGAUUGCCCAGCUCGCAGUAGACUCUCAAAGACCGUCCGGUGUUCUUCCAGGUAAACCUGAGACGUCUAACCCUCGUGAACAUGUUAAUGCUAUUACUUUGCGAAAUGGUAAGCAGGUAGACACUGGAAACUCACCGAUGGUUGAGCAAAGCGAAAGCUCGAAGACCAAAGCUUCAGAUAUUCCUAACGAUACUCCUGAACCAGCUUACGUGCCUCCUCCUCCUAGACCUCCACCGAUACCAUUCCCAUUGCGUCUGAGAAAGCAUAGCGAAGAUAGUCAGUUUGCCAGAUUCGCGGAAAUGCUGAAGAAACUCGAGGUAACUAUACCAUUUACUGAAGCUAUUUUGCAGAUUCCCUUGUAUACUAAGUUCUUGAAGGACAUCCUGACUAAGAAGAGAGUCGUUGAGAAAGAGACUAUAGCACUCACCGCUGAGUGUAGUGCUCUGAUCCAACAUGAGCUGCCACCCAAGCGGUCGGACUUGGGUCGGAUCCAGGUAGCUUCUCAAUCCCUUGCACAUUAG